UAAAAAACAAAAAAAAGGUGGGAACUUCAUCGUCGUCUUCGAUUGGCGGGCAUCCGAUUCUGGUCUGACUGUGACAAACAAAACCCUAAUCCGAAAAAGGUAGGGCUUGUUGGAAUUCGAAUACCUCACAUCUCAAGCUCAAUGGGUUCAUUGAAUGAUGACGCCGCCGCCACCACCGCCACCAGCUUCGAGUCCUCACCGGAGAUGGUGAAGUUCCUAUGCGACCGGUUGCUCGACACGACACAGCCCAUCUCGGAGCGCUUCAGAGCCUUGUUCUCUCUCCGCAACCUCAAUGGCCCUGCCCCUCGCGACGCCCUCAUUGCCGCAACAAGAGAUUCUUCCAAUUUGUUGGCACAUGAGGCGGCAUUUGCAUUGGGUCAAAUGCAAGAUGUGGAUGCAAUCCCUGCCUUGGUAGCCGUUCUCAAUGAUCUCUCUUUGCAUCCCAUUGUUCGUCAUGAGGCAGCAGAAGCUCUUGGUGCAAUUGGUUUAGAGAGCAAUGUUCCUCUUUUGAAGAAUAGUCUAGCACUAGAUCCCGCUCAGGAGGUCAAAGAAACUUGUGAAUUGGCCCUUAAUCGGAUUGAGCAAUUGAAGGAUGCUAAUUGUCAAUCCAAGGAUGAAAAAUCACCUUUUAUGUCAGUUGAUCCUGCUGCACCAGCUACUUCUGGUUCUUCUGUCUAUCAGCUAAGGGAAGUUCUUCUGGAUGUAAACAGAAGUAUGUAUGAGCGCUAUGCGGCUCUCUUUGCUCUGCGGAAUGUUGGUGGAGAUGAAGCUGUCACUGCUAUAAUUGAUUCCUUGGGUUCAAACAGUGCUCUCUUGCGUCACGAGGUUGCUUAUGUGUUAGGCCAAUUGCAGAACAAAGCUGCUUCGGCCGCUCUUUCCAACAUACUUAUGAAUAGAAAUGAGCACCCAAUGGUUAGACAUGAAGCUGCAGAAGCUCUUGGUUCCAUUGCAGAUGACCAAAGUGUAUCACUUCUCGAAGAAUUUGCGAGGGAUCCUGAACCAAUUGUGUCACAGAGUUGUGAAGUUGCUCUAAGCAUGCUGGAGUUUGAGAGAUCAGGAAAAUCCUUCGAGUACCUCUUCAUGCAAGCUCCUCUAGUGCAAUAGAUAAUGACAUAUAGUUUCCAUCACUGGCGCGUUUCAUCCAUACACCCCGAAUAGCUCCAACGGAGGCAGUUCGUCCAUGUUGUGCAGCAUGGAGUUGGGGAGAAGCAGAAGGAACCAAGUUUUUUACUUGUCCGAACCGAAUGAAUUAAGCUGUAUUGUUAUACAUGGCUGUUCUAAUAUUUGGUUACAAAGUUAAUUUGGGAUUAUUGGACCUACACGAUCAUUAACAAAUAAAAUCACAUUGAUAUGCGGCA